CUUCCCUCCUCCUCCGCCGUCGCGUCGCGGCCGGCCGGGCCCAGGAUCGUCACGCCGGCGCUGGGUGAGAAGAGAUUCCGGUUUGAUCCCAGGGAGGGCCACGUUGUGCUCUACCAUGAACAAGGGGCCCCCUCGGUCUACGUGGGAACAGUCGGCAGGCUUCACUACUACGACUUUGAGAACUCCACCAGCUUUACGAAUGACAUGUGCGUCUUGUCUCCCCCUUUCAUUCAGGUGCUUGUUGAGACAAACAGGACGCUGUCCAACUGCAGGAAACAGGAAAAUGCCAAGAACUAUCUCACACUCCUGGAAAAAUACGAGGGCCAGUUGCUGGUCUGUGGCACCAACGCCUGCAGCCCCACCUGCUGGAAUUUGGUAGAUGGGAAGGUGGAGCGAGCUAUCAGUGCCCAGGGCCUGGCACCUUUUGCCCCUGAUCAAAACGCUCUUGUCCUCAUUGACGGCAAAGACAUCUACUCUACCAUUAGAAAGCACCAGUACAAUGGGCGGAUCCCGCGUUUCCGUCGGAUCCGAGGAUCUGCGGAGCUCUAUACCAGCGACACCGUCAUGAAUAAUCCGCAGUUUGUGAAGGCUGCCAUCAUAAGACAAGAGGAGGCUUACAAUGACAAGAUCUACUACUUCUUCCGAGAAGAAAACCCCGACUGGCCGAAGAACGCAGCCGCCCCAAGGAACGUCUCCAGGGUGGCUCAGCUGUGCAAGGGGGACAGAGGAGGCACCGGCUCCCUCUCGGCUGCCAAGUGGACCACCUUCCUGAAGGCCACCUUGCUCUGCGUCGACUCUGACACCGACCGGCACUUUAACCAGCUGCAGGACGUCUUCAUUGUGGAGUCUGCCAACUGGUCGGAGACGAGAGUCUACGGGCUCUUCUUGAACGAGUGGGAAUAUUCCGCAGUCUGUGUCUAUUCUGUUGGUGACAUCAGUAAGGUCUUCCGAACAUCACCUCUCAAAGACUACCACGAGAAACUCCCCCCUGUGAGGCCUGGGCAGUGUCUAGAAGGAGAACAGCAGACCCCCCACGAGACCUUCAAAGUGGCCGACAGCCACCCCGAGGUGGCACGCAGGGUGAAGCAGGAAGACAUCUUGUUUCACAGCAAGCAUCGCUACCAGCAGCUUGGUGUCCACAGAGCCCCGGGAGCUGAUGGCGGCACCUACAGCAUCCUGUACUUGUCCACAGACAGGGGAACCGUCCACAAGGUUGCUGUCUUGCCCACGGGGGCCAGCAACGUCCUGGAGAUCCAGCCUUUCCUCUCUCCUGCUGGCAUUCGGACCAUGACUGUGGACAGUGAAAGAAAGGAGCUGUUUGUAGCCUCUGUGAGUGAGGUGGUUCAGCUGCCCAUGGCUAUGUGCGGGGCGUAUAAGGACAGCUGUGAGAGCUGCAUCCUGGCGAGGGAUCCUGACUGCGGAUGGAUCAACGGGAAAUGCACUUCUGUUUAUGACCGUGACCAGCAUGGAAAUGGCACACUGCUACAGGCUCUAGCACACGAUCCUGUUACCGAUAUUUGUUCAUCUCCAAGCCACAGCCCUGCUAAAGGUGAUGACAGCCAGCACUGUGAGAAUGUGACCGUGGCACCAGGCGCCCGCUAUUACCUCAACUGCUCUAUCAAAUCCCACCACGCCACUCACACUUGGCUCCGUGACAACCAGACGGUUGCGCAUUGCGGACCUGGCCAUCGCCACUGCAUCCACUUCAUAGACAAUAUGACGGACGAGCUCUAUGGCACUUACUCCUGCGUUUCCCGGGAGGAUUGGUUUAACCAGACGCUUGCGGCAGAAUGCCUGACGAAGCCCUCCGAGGUGAAGAUGCUUCUCGGGGAGCCCAGGAAUACGAUGGCAAAGGGCUGGGCCACCCAAACUUCUUUGUCCCUCUGGCUAGGACUGUUGCAUAUGGCGGCAGUCGUCUUGCUCAACCAUUGAGGACUUGACCUUCUGACUGCCUACCAGCACAAGUGACCAAACUGGACCGCUUUCUAAUGUGUCUUGCUCCAUCUCAGAAGUGGGCCCCUCAAUAGAUAGAAUUCUUCCCUUGGGCUUAGAGGCCACCUUAGUGGCAACCUGGUGGUGCAUAGCUGAUAGCAGAAUGAAGGAGAGGUUGGUGGCCGUUCUGUCUGCAGAAGCACCGAGAUCCUGAAAGACUCCAGAGCAGGACGGGUUCUGCCAAAAUGAACGUGAUGACAUCUGGGUGAAGAAGUAGAACCAUUGCAAACAACAAGGCAUGGGGCAGCUAAACGGGGCAGAGGGUAUGGCUGAGGUGGCCCGGAAGGGCUUGUGAAGGUCUGCGUCAGGCUUCUUCAAAGGCAGGCAUCGGGACCCAACACAGAACUCGCGUGCUAAAUAUACGUUUCCUCAGAUUGGACAGCAAACUUUCAGGCCCAAGGUUUAUAAGACUUGACGGCCUACUGCAUCUUUUUUUUAAAUAACGUGUUCUGAAUGUUCAUUUGAUGUUUCUGACAUUUUCCAAGCAACGAUACAUGCUCAGGAUCUCUGAACAGUUAUAAGGCACAAUUAAUGUCUAUCAAGGCAUCUCCAAUAUGAACUGAGAACAAGGAAACAUCUUGUAGGUUCAG